UUUUUACAACGUGGGACUAUCACGAUAACAGCUGGAAGUAGAGAAUUGUAUAAUAUCACUCCAGUUGCCAUCAUGAAGCAGUGAGGAAGCCGACACAGUCCGAUGAUAAUUCAUAAUAAUUCAUAACGUUAGAAUUAGCUGAAUGUUUUUCAAAAUUCUGAGGGGUUUGUGGUGAAAAAAAAAUCUGCCAAGACCAAAUUUUUCAAAAUCCAACGUACAGAGUAUUAUGAAACCAGAAUCAAAAUGCGUGUCAGCGCUAAGUCAUCACCUGUUCAGAAUAUCGCACAGAAAAAAGAAGGCAUCGUUUUGGAUAUUUUGAGUCCGCACGGAAAGAAGGGUGCUGAUUUUGAAACGGCUAUUGAAGCAACCGGAUAUGGAAAAUUUCAUUACUUAUUACUGAUCACGGUUAUUCCGGUAUUAUGGUGUCCAAGUUUUGACACUGGCAACAUGUCAAUGAUUUUACCAACAGCGGAAUGCGAAUUAAAGUUGACUCUGUUUCACAAAGGAAUCUUAAAUUCUAUAAUAUACGCUGGUAUGAUAUGCAGUGCCUUUUUAUGGGGAUACGUUGCUGAUGUUCAGGGCAGAAGAAAACUUUUAAUUUACGGAUUCUUAGCAGACGCUAUAUGCAAUAUAUUAUGCGGUAUAGCGCAAGAUUUCUGGACUCUAGUAUUUCUCAAAUUUUCAAGUGGAUUCAUUCAAAGCGGUCCAUACGCAGUUACCAUGUCGUACUGUGCUGAAUUUCACGUAACAAGAAACAGAUCAAAAGUGAUGAUGCUCCUUGGACUAUACGGUUCAAUGGGUAUUAUCAUGAACGCAGUCCUCGCCUGGAUGAUAAUCCCUCGUGACUGGAGUCUCGUACUCUUUGACCAGUCCUUCGUCUUGUCUUCCUGGCGCAUAUACCUAAUGAUGUGUGGGGUCCCAACUUUAGUAGGAGUGGCAUGUCUCUAUUUCUUCCCAGAGAGCCCCAAGUUCUUGAUGUCACGUGGACAUAACGAUAAAGCCUUGCGUAUCCUACGUAAGAUAUACGUAAUGAAUACAGGAAACACACCCGAGAGUUAUCCCAUUACCUCGUUGGAGAAUGAAUUGGCUCGUGGCAUAUCAGCAGAUGACGAAUCAACAACUGACAUUCCAAAAAUAAAUUUCCGGGAAGGAUUAUCACAGAUGAAACCAUUAUUCCAAUUUCCUCUUCUAGUGCCACUUCUACUGGUUGUAUCAUUACAAUUUUGUGUUAUGCUUGCAGGAGCUACGUUUCGAUUGUGGAUGCCACAGAUAUUUGCACUUCUUGAUAAAUUCAGCGGGGAGAAUUACAACUAUUCAAAUGGUGCUCCUGGCUUCUGCGAGAUUUUAGAUUUCUCGACAGCUGUGACUGCCAACAAUACUGUCGCUGCUGCUGAGAGUAUUGUUGAGACUGAGUGCAAAAACAUUGUCGUGGACGAUAGAGUAUAUCUGAACAGUAUUAUUAUGUCAUGCACUGUUGCUGUGGGUUUUGUCUUUGUUGGAGCAUUGCUCAAGUUUAUUGGGAAUAAAAAGCUACUGCUGAUUUGCCUCAUUAUUUCUUUGGUUUCAAUCUUAACCAUGAUAUGGGCAUCAGAAAGAUUCAUUAUCCUGUUUCUAAGCUGCUUAUACGUUGGAAUCCUGACCACAUUGAUAAAUGUUGUUAUCGGUGUGGCUGUUGAAGUUUUCCCUACUACGCUAAGAACAAUGGCAGUGAGCUUGACCAUGAUGUUAGGACGAGUAGGAUCUCUAUUGGGUAACCUCUUGUUUCCAGUCUUACUUACCUAUGGCUGUAUAUAUCCAAUUAUUGAAUUAUCUGGUUUCAUCGCAUUUGCCAUGUUACUCACACUGGUCUUACCAAAACCACCAGGAAAUCUCAAAUAAACUGAAUCUCAACACUACAUGAAGACAGCAGAGACCCUCGUGAUUUGUGAAUGACUUACAAUUACGUGUGAUUCAUAUUAAAGGAAGAUCAACGACAAGGAUAACAUAAUGAAACAUAUUGUACCAACUACAACCAUGAAAACACAAUGAAGAGACAAGAAAAACAUAUUUCACCUCACUGUAAACUGCCCUUCCGCAACGGAAUGCACCAGAAUGAGUAUUAAAGAAUGGACAACGCCGUCAAAGCCUGCGUAGUAUAGUACCUGG